AUGUCACACAAUGAGGAUGUCACGCCCGUGAAGAUGUGUACAUGCACCGUAGAUGUGGACGUUCAGCGCUAUUGCGUCGUGGUACUACCCAAGGAGGACGCUGGUAGUGGUAGUGGUGGUGGCGGUGGUGGUGGUGGUGAUGGUUCCCGCACACUCAACGCGUUUGUGAAGCUUAAUCCCAAUCCAGUUCUUGCGAAGAAAGGCAUGCCUGGGCUUCUCGGUCUUGGCAAGAUUUAUGAUCCGACAAACUUGUGGACAAGCCCCGUCAACAGUUUAGGGUGGGUCUCGGCGUUCGUGGCAAGCAUCAACAGCUCCUACAGAAGCGUACCAGAUGAACGCGUUGUGCUGUUUACCACUGCGGAUCUAAACUGGUAG